AUGAAGUUCCUCAGGCCGUAUCUAGCAUGCGCAUCCUUUGCUACAGCCACCCUCGCCGCCACAUCUCCUGUCAUCCACUCCAAAGCUGGUGUCUACCAAGGACGUUACCUGGAAGAGUUCGACCAAGAUAUUUUCCUUGGUGUCAAGUAUGCGCCGAAGCCUGUACGCUUUGCUCCUGCUAAGCUAGUCGCCGAUGCACCGGAGGCGCAUCAUGAUGCUACGCAGUAUGGCCUGGAUUGUACAGGAUAUGGCGGAGACACGAAUACGCUGGUUGCUGGGAACUGGACGAAGCUCGGAGAGGACUGCUUGAACUUGAAUAUUGUCAAGCCGAGGACAAACCAAACUGGAUUGCCGGUGUUGCUUUGGAUUUAUGGCGGCGGGUGGCAGCAGGGGGCUACCAGUGACCCACGGUACAACAUGAGUUACAUUGUCCAGCAAUCGGUGCUCAACGAUAAGCCCGUCAUCGGCAUGUCCAUCAACUACCGCAUGGCAGCAUUCGGUUUUCUUUAUAGCAAAGAGGUCGAAGAAGCGGGUUCCCAGAAUUUGGGUCUAAGAGAUCAGCGACUUGCCAUGCAGUGGGUUCAUAAACAUAUCUCGUCUUUUGGUAGUGACCCGACCAAGGUAACUAUCUGGGGCGAGUCUGCGGGCGCAUACUCCGUGGGUGACCACAUUGCCGCAUACAACGGCGAUAAUGAAGGGCUCUUCCGUGCGGCCAUUCUCGAAAGCGGCAAUGCCGUCGGUGCGCCUCUUAACGGAACAGACUGGUACCAGCACAUGUACGAUAACCUGACCCAGUCGGUCGGCUGUGCAAGCGCUACAGACACGCUACAAUGUUUACGCGACGUGCCUUACGAGACCAUCGCACCAUACGGCUACCUGGGUCUCGAAUGGUUCCACGUCAUCGACGGCAGUUUCAUCCCACGAUAUGGCCAGCAAUCGUUGAAAGAAGGCAAGUUCACCAAAAUCCCCCUCAUCCUCGGCACCAACACCGACGAGGGCUUCGGUGUAAACGGCGUAAACAACGAUGCCGGCGCUAUCAACGAACUCGUACACUCCAAGCGCUGGAAUGUGAAUGAGACCGUCGCAAAGAGACUGCUGGAGCUGUACCCGAAUGACCCGGCACUUGGUGAGCCGUACGGAUGGGGAAACAGGACGUGGCCGCAGUAUGGACUGCAAUACAAGCGGUACCAGAGUAUCGCCUCGGAUUUGACAAUGUAUGCUCCGAGGAGGUUGUUGGCAGAGAGUAUGAGUAAGCAUGUCGACGGAGUUUAUUCGUAUCGGUGGGAUGCGCCAAAGUUCAACAAUACGCCGGAUAGCAUUGGUGUCAAUCACUUCUCUGAGAUACCCUUCGUCUUCGGCAACAAGGAGCAGCAGCUCACCCCGCUGGGAAACACCCCGGAGAAUAUUGCGCUCUCGAAACUCGUCAUGAGGAUGUGGACGGCGUUUGCCUACGAUCUUGAUCCGAACGGGCAUGGAGUCCCUCAAACACCCAUGUGGCCAAGCUACGCAAGUAACGCGACGAACUUUGUUUUUCGGAAAGACGUGAGCUAUAUUGAGGCGGACGAUGAUCGGGAGACAGGCGUGGAGUACAUCAACAACUUGGUCCGAUAA